UUCGUACAAACACAGCUACUCAACUUCUAAAUUCCAAACAACAUCCACCAUUUCCACACCUUUUUAUCUCUAAAAACGUAGCAAUAUAACCUCAUCAAUCCAUGGCGUCCCAACAUUUCGGGCUCCUAGAGGAGCGAGAGGAAAACGAGCUGCACAAAACCCGCCUCCUUAACGUCGAGGAGAAAUCAUUCAAACGGCUCAUCCGCCGCCUCGUGCACCCCAGCGCCUUCACCAGCCCAGCCAAACUCCUCACUCCUCCCCCGGACAGCACCAACCCCGACGCCGAAGCCACUCCCGCAAUCGACAUCACCUCGCUCAAAGAAGACAUAACCCUCGACUUCGAAGCCUUCGACGCGCAAAUCCUACGCCUGCAAUUCCUCGACACAGCCAACACGCAAGAGCGCGAGCGGUACGCCGCGGACCGGGUGCGCAUCAUGUCGACGAUGGAGUCCGUGCGGGACGGCAACGCGCGGCUGAAAACGCAGCUCGAAGAAGCGCGGGCGACGCUCGCCCAGCGCCGGAAAUUCGACGAGCUGGCCGACAAAAUCACGAGUAACCGCAUGCUGCGCCCGCGCGCGGAACAGGCUGUCAACCUGGCCAAGCUGGCCGAGGAGUGCGAUGAGCUGUACCGCGAGAGCGAGAAUUACGGACAUACGUGGCGGGAGAGACGAGAGCAGUUUGAGAGGCUGGUGGAGGAGGGGAAGAGGUUACGCGCGCUGAUUCGCGAUGAGAAGGAGGAGGUGGAACGUAGGGAGGGCAUGGAUUCGGAUGCGGAGGAUGGGGAGGCCGCGGUUACGCCGGGCAAGGCGGGGUUGGUUAGUGGGAAUGCGACGCCGAGGCCGGAUAGCGGUGCUGUGUCUGCUAAGGGCGACGCGGGCGGUGCUACGCCUCUUCUGAGUAGUCGCGAUGGCAGAACGCCGAGACCUGAUAGCCCGGGUGGCGCGUCGGCUGCGGUGGGUGCUGGGAGUGGCUUGAAGCCGAGAUUGGGCGAUAGUGGAGACUUUUCACGAGCUGGAAGCCAGGCUCCGAGUCUACGCGCGGGUAGCCAGCAGCCGAGAGACGAUGAGCCUGAGGAGGGCGAGGAUAUCGAGAUGAGUGAGUCUGGCACGCAGCAGAACCAGUUACAGGGCGAUACGCCGAUGGCGGAGAACGAGUCCCAGGAGACGCCGCAGAUUACGGUGGAGGCGCCUGAUGGUAUGGAUACCUCGUGAGGGAUACGCGGAAGGGGUGGUGAAGGGAGUCUAGGCGUGGGUUCUAUGGGGUCUUUGUUCAUGGCGAAGAUCGCAGGAUUUGCUUUAGAGAUUCGUUGCCACUGAGCUACAGAGUCUAGCAUGCGGAUAGGAAUUGUUAUACCCAACAUAGCAGCAGAACGAAGUCGUCUACACAGAUAGGCACGGUAAUAACGAGGAAAGGCUCAUUCACGAAUCUCUGCCAUGGUUCUUCUACCUAGUAAACGUCUUUUCUUAAAAUCAAU